UAGCCUAUAUAAGAAAUAUUUAACAUCUGCAAAUUCAAGAGAAAAAUUAAUAAAGUGACUUUUCAGAGAUGUUAUUUCAAAACUGUCUUUAGACAUGGAUUUAUAUAUCAUCCGUUUCGUAAAGUAUCUACCAAAAUGGGUGAUGAGGAAAAAAAGCACAUGUUAAUUUGCCCCGCUCACGAUUUCGACGUUAUUCACUGUAAUUACUUGAUCGGAACGUUUUUACGGUGUGUGGAAUCAAGUCAUAAACGAAAACAAUGAUACUGUUCCAAAAUAAAGUUUCAAAGUUUGAAACAAAACAAUACAAAUCCAACAUCAGAAAAUGCUUUUUAGUGGUAAUUUAUGUCAGAAAAGCUAUUUUCUAAUAACAAUACGGAUUUUUAAAAAAAAACUGCUGACAACUCAUAUUUAUAUUUAAUUGGAAAACACAUUUAUAAGGUGACUCUAAGUGGGACAAGUAAAUUUAUCUACGUAUAUACAAAGAAUGUCAAAUGGAAAACAUUUUAAUGGUCAUUUUGUUAAGACGGUGUGUAGUUGAUAGCUAGGUUACCAAACUAGGUUAUCAUGCAACAUUAAUACACAUAUUGAAUUUUUUAAAGUUCUUUUGAAUUAAAAUCAUGAAAUACUGGCGUAAUUAUUUACUUGUUUUAUUUUCUAUUUGGACGUUUUUCAUAGAAAUUUCUGGAUUUAUUUUAUCACCUGUAGAUCCUAGAGCAAACGUUAGAGUCAAAUGCGGAGAGAUUGACGGUAUUUGGUCACAAACAGACGCUGGGUUCUCAUUCCGUGGAGUUCCGUACGCAAGUCCACCAGUUGGAAAUUUAAGAUGGCGGCCUCCGGUAGCGGUUCGAAAGGAAAACAACAAUUGCUGGAAUGGAACAUUGAAGGCUCAUAACUUUCAAAGUCCAUGCGUUCAGAGAGAUCCAGCGAAUAAUUCAAAGAUAAUUGGAAAUGAAGAUUGCCUUUAUGUAAACGUCUUAACGCCGUCAUUAAAUUCGUCUGCUAAACUUCCUGUAAUGUUUUGGAUUCAUGGCGGAUAUCUCUUGUACGGAAACGGGAACCAGUAUGAUAUUGGCUACGCUCCGACACUAGCUUUAGCCAAACAACUUAAUGUUGUAUUUGUCAGCAUAAAUUACAGACUUAAUGCGUUUGGAUUCAUGGCUUUAGAAUGGCUUAAAAACGGUUCACCAACGAAUACUUCCGGUAACUAUGGUUUCAUGGAUAUGAUUGAAGGACUUCGUUGGGUUCAGGAAAAUAUUCAAAACUUUGGUGGCGAUCCAAGCCAGGUAACGGCAUUCGGUCAAAGCUCCGGCGGAACAGCGCUGAUUGCUCUUCUUGCUUCACCGCUUUGUAGAGGUCUAUUUGACAAGGUUUGGAUGAUAAGCGCCUCGCCAGUUAUGAAUAAAACGUUUGCUGAGGCAUCAAAAGACAAUGAAAUCUUUAUAAAGAACACUGGCUGCACUGACGUCACAUGUUUAUAUAACCUAUCUGCGUCUGACGUAAUAACAAACAUUCCAUGGGACGUUUAUCCAUACUGGGCUAUGGAAGACCAAAGUGGUUUACCGGAAAAAGGAAGAUUCGACGGAGCUCUGGCUAUUGUUGAUGGAUACGUCCUCCUCGAUGCACCAUUUGAGGUGUGGUCACGUAGCAUGGGUGUAGAUGUUCCAGUUAUGAUUGGAUCGACGGCGCAAGAAUCCGACUUGGGACCGGCGCCUGUUGAAGCUUUGAAAUGGACAUGGAAUUCGAGUAAUUACAGAGACCACGUAUUGAAGAGACUUGGAACAUUUAGUGACUUCGUUGCCAACACAGCUCUGAAGCUUUAUCCUGAGAAUGUGCUUACACCCGAGUACCAGCUUACAACGAUGAUGACUGACAUCAGUGUCACCUGUGGAACGGACUACUUGUCAUCUAUCUUAGCAGCCGGAAUGACGUCACCGGUAUAUCGCUACGUGGCAACUUAUUACUCAAAGGAACAAACUGCAACACCUUUUGGUGUACCAGAUCCAGCCAGAUAUGCAUACCAUGGCAUUGAUACCUUUGGUUUCUUUCAGACCAUGGAUUAUCCCUUACCAAAUGGUCGUAAAGCACGAGAUUACGAAUGGGAAACUCGUAUGCUGCGUGAAAUUGGUGCAUUUGUUAAAACGGGAAAACCAGAGACAGCUGAUUGGCUGCAGUAUCCUGACGUCACAGCUGAACUUGACACGGAAACAAAACCUUUCCGCAGUUAUCAUGCAGCACAGUGCGAAUUCUGGUUACAAAAUGGAUUCUUCUCAUACUCCUGGAUAAAUUGAGAAGCCUUUCCAUUCACUUACAAAAAAAUGUUAUUUUUGUUAUUCAAAAUAAUGAUUAAAUAUAGGUAGUGAAUGGAUAUACUGUUGUGGAAUUGUUUCUCUUCUAACAUUAU